GGGCGAUCGCGUUUCAAAUUUUUGACAAUACACAUACAGUGAACGAUCUAUUAGCUGUAGGCAAUCAAUUUUCGUCGUGCAACCACUUUGCUGCACGCCUAUGCAUAGCACGAAAAUAAAGAGAGGAGAAGUCAAGGGCACAAAAAUCGAUGUGAAGUAGAAAGAAUUCAAGCACCUGAAAGCAUCGAAAAUUUCUCUAGAAAAGAAAAAUGGCACCUCCGAGAGCGUUGCUCGGUACUGCAGAGCGCCCGGCUUCCCGGGCGCAGACGACGCCCGGCGGAAGUCGGGCGGCCCGUUUGAGUCUAAACCAGAAACUGUUCGACGGGCGCAUGCGGUCCCCCUUCCACAUGAACCAGUCCAACGCGAUUUUUCCAAGGCAUAACCUGUCGCAACAGGAUUCGUUGGAGCGAAGCUUCGAAUCGCAGCACGGCCAGGGCCGCUCGAGUAGUAGCAGCAGUUCGCUCCAGCUACGCCCGGGCACGACUCCCGGCGGGAGCCUGCUUUUUUCCUCGGACAAGCAGAAGCCGAACCACUACAGUUUGCCGAAAUCUCGGGGCGGCCUGCAAAGCCGCGGCGGUAACAACAGCGGUUCGCUGUUGGGGUCCCUCGAUCGCGAUCGGGACCCGCCAACCAGAAUGCAAACGAACUGGACGGUGUUGCGGGUGAAACUACCGGCGUACCUGAACACCCCCGACCGAAAGGAUGACGGGGUACUUAUUCAGUGUUCCAGAAGUGUCUUUAUGCUUAAUAGCUGUAACCUUGAGCUUGACCUUCAGAUGGGACAAGAUAAGAUUCUAAGAUGUACUAAAAGAAAAUUACAGUAGAAGUAGUGAGCCAAGGCUCCAUGUUCGUAUGUAUUGAGUUUGUUAGCCUACAUCUACAACUGUGGAUCUGUUGCUGAAUGUAUUAGAGAAAUCGUAACUCAUGCAAUUAUGACUGCAACAGGCCGACCCCACAGCGGAGGAACGAUACUUCACUCUGAAGAAAAUAAGCGACUUGGAGCUCCUUCUUUCGGCGUGCCGCCGUAGCGGAAAAUUGCGGGAAGAGGGUCGGUGUUGCUUCAGUCUUGCCGUGCUGCAUGACAAUCUGAAGGAGUACACGAAGGGGCUGCGGUACUAUAACGACUUCCUGAAGAUUUGCCGCGACUGCGAGGACAAGCAAGGCCAAGCGCUCGCGUACCACUCCCUGGCCGCGACGCACCAGAUUCUGGGAACGAAAUCUUCAUCGUCCUCAGGAGUCGGAGACCACCCGCAGCCAGCGGAUGCGGGCGCGAGCAAGACGAACCAGCUGAAGACCGCGCUGUACUUCCACAACAAGCACCGAAAAAUCGCAGACUCAGUGGGAAAAUUCAUCGCACACGCGAACUUGGGGCUCUGCUACGACCUGCUCGGGGAGAAGGAAGCGGCCACGCUGAAUCAUCAGUAAAGUUUGACACAUUCGUUUAGAAAAAAUAGAAAGACGAUACCUUAUUAAGAGCUACUGUGCCUGCGGGUUGUUCGUCGAGAUGGGAUUCGCUUUCGCGACCUUGCCAGCACAACAAGCACACAAAGCCGACGCACAUGCCAGAAUAUACAAAACUCAACAUAUUACUUACAUACAAAAAUACUUACAGGUAUGCCCUUCAAUUUGCUUUGCAGUUGCACAGCGUAGAGGGGCAGUCCCUCGCUAUUGGCAACCUGGCGAUAGGUUCCAGUGACAGCUCCUAUGAACAGGAUCCCACAAAAAUGAGGGCGCUGAUCGAGCGCUACGUGCAGCUUUGCGACACGCUGCACCACGACAAUUCGAACGCGUUGAAGAAGCUCGGAACUCUGUGCGUCUCCGCGGAAAAAGACUAUGAAAAAGGUUUCCUUUUUUUUUGAUACGAUUGGUUUCUGCUUUGUUGAUGCGAUCGCAACCGCAAUCGCAUGCGGAAUAUGUAAGUACUUCGAAGUCGAUCUUUUUUCGAUUUUUUUUAAGUUGGUUGUUUUUGCGCUUGGUUGCUGUCAAAUCAAGUAUCUUUAUCGCAGCUGCUACUCAAAAACUACAUCAAUCGCAACUAUUUUCAUUUUGAAAUUGAAAAAAAUUCACUUAUCUCUCAGGCAUAACCUACUACCAGCGCGCUUUGGAGGUCGCGGGAGAAGCCGGAGACACGAAAAAUCAAAACUCGGUGCUGGUUCAAAUGGGGAUCCUCACCGGAUUUUCGAAGAUGGAGUCCCAUCUCAAGCAACGAAUCUCACGAGCACAUUCCUCUGUAUGGCGUUUGUAGUGAAGUCGUGACUUCUGCGCUGCUAUUAGCCUUGCGAUCUGUAUGAUCUUUGCCUUGGUUUCUUGACAGAAUGAUCAUCCUCUGUCGUUUUCAGAAUUGCCCCAAGUAAUAAACAUCGUUCUACAACAAGAACGCAUCCGAACGAAAAGGAACUUUUUCAUCCAGAGCAAUGUCAUUGUUGCUGAUGAUCGGUGGCAUGCCCUGGCGUUCCUUCUGUGACUCGUGCCUUCCAAACGAUAAUUGCGUAUAGUGCGCUGUGUAAACAUUAUGCUAUAUUUCCCGUAAGGCC